ACACAAUUCUGUAGGGCUCUCAGCUCGGAACUUUUACGGGGAAGUCUUACUAUUUGUGUAACUCGAAUGACGCUGCUUGGUCAGGCUGAUCAGUUGGGCCGCUUAGUUGGGCUCUAUGGCUGCAUGGCUAUACUCCGAGAUAAGAUAGGGCAAACAAAACCUUAUAGUUUUCUAUCUAUAAAGACUAUUGAAAGUAUGAAACAUCAUCUUUCUAUAUCUAUCAAGAUGGGAUCCGCUAUCAGCAGAGAAAAUCCGGUCAACGUCCCAAAGACGCCUUCCCGGCCACCGUCUCCUCCUCGGAACAAUGAAUUCAGCUCAGUCCGGCAUUAUAAUGCUCGGAGUAGGCAGAUGCGACCUCGAAACACUGCGGAUGUAGACAAUCAUACGAUGGGCAUCUCACUGCUGGAAUAUCUUGAAAUCAAGGUCCACCAAGCGGUUCUAGAGCGAGCUUAUAGAGAGAUUAUAGUUCACGGAGUCUAUUGUCGCUACUCUUCGGAAUCUAUCCCAUUCGACGGGGAGAAGAGAGAUAAACCAUUCAACUGGGAACGACCGACUGCCCGUGUUGAGGGCGACACGCUCUAUAUCGAAUGUUUCCCCGGCUACGACCACAUAGAGCACUAUGCAGAGAUUAUAGCCAACUACCUCAAACUCAGAGAAAAACAAGGUGAUAGCCUGACUCCGUCUUCGAGAGUCUCGUAUAUACCGGUCUCUUGCUCAGACAUACAGACGGCCCUUCACGCCACUAAUAUUGAUCAGUUCCCUGGAAACAAGGUGGACACAGUUAUCCUCGGGCUGGUUUGGCAUCUGCCACGACUCACAGGAUCCACGGAGUGGAGCGGUAAUGGCCCAUGGCAGUGGAUUUUGAAGCCGUUCAACGGUCGCCUAGUCGCCUUCCUGGGAUUUAGGCCUGCGUUCUGGGGUGACAUUUCAGGAGAGGUUAUCUACAAGCUUGCCGCCAGUUUCCAAAUCAAGCAAGUCAUCUACCUCGGUAAGCUUGGGGGCCUCAAGCCAGAAGUCGUGCCCAACGAGUGGCUAGCAACCGGCAGUCAGUCACUGGUCAAUAAUCGCAUGGUAAAGUGGAAGAAUGUGCUAGCGCCGUCUGUUGAGCAUUGUGGAAAGGAUUCAGUAAUUGUCGGUAUGCACAUAACGCUGGGUAGUGUUUUGCACGAAACACGCAGUUGGCACUCUGAACUGGUUGACGAGGUGGAUUUUGUAGAUCCAGAGAUUGGGAUGAUGGCUCAAGCAGCCGUCAGGAGCGGAAUACAGUACGGCUAUCUUCACAUGAUUACUGAUAACUUGGGUCGCAAGUAUGACGAGGACCUAUCAAAUGAGAGGAAAGAGAGUGUGCUUAGACGUCGCCAGAGACUUCACCAACAGGUAGAAUAUAUAAUAGAGGAUCAUCUGAUGAGGGAUAGCUGAUGAUGAUAACGGCGGGAAUAGGGUGCCUGGAAAUAUUAGAGAUUAUGGGUGGUUUUCUAUAGAAUUAGAUUGGAAUAGAGUGAGCUUGCAGCGCGCUGAGAAAUUAAUUACACUAUUUAGAUUACCCUGACAACAAUUACGAAAAUAGAUGCGGAAUGAGUGCCGCACGUUAACUGGGCAAGCUGAAUAG